GAAAGGUCUGACCGGAUAUAUCGUUUUCACUUCUUGUAUUUUGACAGGAGUAAACACUGUUUAGUAUCACAGUCCAGUUUGUAAACUCCGAACGGCGUAUUCUCGCUAUUUAUUUUGUCUUCAGUGAGGAAGUCUUCAAGAUUUUUACCAUGAGUGUGUUUAUCUCGCUCGGCUGUUCUUAUCGCACGAAUAUGCCGUAGUUUGACUCGCUAACGCUAGCUUUUAGCGCAGCUUUAGCCGUGGAGUUCACUGACCCUCGUCUGCAUGGCGUCUUAGAAACAGAGUCCAAAGUCCGGGGAAACGUCAAAACUCUGCUGGGCAACUCUUUUUAGCAAAAAUGUCUCAGUUUGUUGACUCUGAUGACACCACUCCACUGCUGGGGGAUGAUGCAUGCAGGUGAGUGUAGAGACCUUUUAGUUAUUUAACUAAAUAAAUCUGCUGCUGUGACCUGGUCUGGGAUCAGUAUUCACUGGACAACCUUACAAAGCUAUUUAACAUUCAGUAGAUUUGAUCCUCCAUAAUUUAUGAUCCAUGUUUUGGACAGAAUGGUCGCACUAACAGUAGUGGAGAGUGGGGUAAGAUGAGCCACUUUUCAUAUUUCAGAUCACUUCAUCAAGGCAAUCAUAGUUUUGUCUCAAACUAGUGUAUCUGCAUAUAUUUCAAGAUGUUGUUCAUCCCUGCAAACCAACAGAAUGAGUGUAAACAGAACUGUCUUGAUAAUAUAGCAUGUCCAAAAAAAGUGGUCCCCUAUGGUGAACUUGUGGGGUAAGUUGGGCCGUAUUUCUUUGACCAUUUCCAAGCAACAGGAGGUGGCUCAACUUACCUUUUGGCUUAUGUACCCCACUCUCCCCUACUAACUGUACUUGUUUUAUUUUGGAGGGGUCAUGUUUUGUGUAUGUGCCUAUAGCCCUAAUUCACCUGAGUUGUUUUGUCACCCUGCCUGUGACCAGUGAUGACUCCCGGGAUGAAGAUUACAGGAGUCGAUGGAGGUCCAUCCGAGUCAUGUACUUCACCAUGUUUCUCAGCAGUGUGGGUGAGGACGCCCAUAAUUUAUAGGCAUAUUAUUUCUUUUUUAAAUCGAGCCUUUAGCAGGAACUUUUCAUGGUGUUUGGGAAGUUGGUUUAUCUAUUGCUAGGUUUUGAAAAUAGUUCAGAAAACCAUCUUUAGGCUGCCCUGUCUAUGGAUGGCAAUAUUUAGUUUGUGUCUCCAUACAAACCACUGCACUAAGUCCAUACAUAUCUGUGUAUGUGCCCUUUAGGUUUUACGAUUGUCAUCACAUCACUCUGGCCUUACUUGCAGAAGGUACGCAUCACCUUUUUUGUCUAAUGAUGAAAAAAUUACCUGUCGUAUAUCUGCACCUCUGAAAUGCUAUCAUAAUGUUGUGCCUCUCGUUCUUUUAACAGGACAUGUUUCAUUUUGUAUCCCUCUUGGUCAUGUGUCCUGCAGGUUGAUGAUACCGCCAACGCCAGCUUCCUGGGGUGGGUGGUGGCAGCUUACAGUCUCGGUCAAAUGGUGGCCUCUCCCAUUUUUGGCCUUUGGUCCAACCACCGGCCCAGGAGGGAGCCACUCGUGUGCUCGAUCUUCAUCAACCUGUCUGCUAACAUCUAUUACGCCUAUGCUUACUUGCCCCCGAACAACAACAAAUACCACAUACUCAUAUCUAGAGCCUUUGUUGGCUUUGGAGCAGGUGAUAAAUUGCUUUCUUAUAAUUUUACAAUUUGUAUUUUGUUAAUAAAUGAUCUGUGUUACAUGAUUUCUGACAGCUUUCAUAAAAUUCAGCAUUUUCAUCGCAGGUAAUGUAGCUGUGGUGAGGUCCUACGUUGCUGGAGCUACGUCACUGAAGGAGAGAACUGGUGCCAUGGCAAACAUGAGUGCCUGUCAGGCCCUGGGUUUCAUCCUGGGACCAGGUAACCUUUAAUUCACAUCAUGCAAAUCUGGUUUACAUUGUUAGAAAAAUCAAAAAUGAAAGAGUUCUUUGCACAUUAGCUUUGCAGGCAUGCCUGUCGUUCGUUGGUGAGGAUGGUGUUACUGUGAAGGUCAUCGACUUGCAGCUCAACAUGUACACAACUCCUGCUUUACUGGCUGUAGCCUUUGGUCUCAUCAACAUCCUGUUGGUUGUUUUCUUGCUGAGGUGAGGUUUCACCGAAAUACAAAUUGAAUUAAUUUCCCUUGUUUCCUGUAAGUUUUGGAUUCUUUAGGCGUGAAAAUAAGUUAUUCGUCUUAUUUAAUAUACAAACAAUAAUUUAGAUCCUCUGAAUUAUCUCUGCCCUCCUUGGUUUGGGUUCAGCUUUAAUUUUUUUUAAAGUUUUUUAAAUUGCUAAAAUAUCUGUUGUGAUUCUUCGUCAAUAGGGAGCAUCGUGUUGAUGAUCAUGGCAAACACCUUCGAGCCAUUAACUACUCACCAGAAGGUAUUUACAGCCUGAACUUAAACUACUAUAUUUCUUGUUAUGGCAGCUUUUUUUUCUGUUUUGUAUUUGUUCAAGGGCCUGUGUCCACUAAUAGCAUUGUUUAGACUGGCACUACUUUUUUUGCAUAAAAUCCACGUAAUUCAGGGUUUCAAACUAUCAGCAUAUCAGGCACAAAAAUGCCCUUAUCAUCAGAUAUUUUUUGUUUUAUCGUUCAGCUAAACACUGGAAGGAAUUUACAGCCCAGAUUUAUAUUACGGCAUUUGUUUUUAUUGUGUUCUUGUUUAAGGGCCCGUGUCCACUAACAGCAUUGUUUGGGCAGGCAGCACCGAAUUUCUGCACAAAACCAAUGUAAUUGAGGGUUUUCACCACCAAGAAUCCCUAAUGCAAAAUCAAGAGGGUGCAGGACUUAAGUCAUUGAUUUUGUUAGUGAAAAUGGAGGAGGAGAAACAAAGUAACAUUUUCUGAAAUAGAAGAUAUGUAACAUACACAGCAACAGAAAAAGUCAAGAGACAGCUUUGCAACCUAGCAGCUGUAAGCACUCACUAAGAAUGCUGAAACUGCAAAAUUAAGACCCGCUGUGCUGUCCGGACAAAGAGCUCCUUUAGUGGACACAGGCCCUUACGCCUCUUUUAAUGUUCUCCUGCCACAGAUGGUGAAUAUCUGAGCGAAGAAUCAGAAGAGAGCAUAGACCAGGUAGCGGUCCUGACUUCCAACAUCCUCUUCUUCGUCGUCAUGUUUAUCUUCGCUGUCUUUGAGACGUAUGUAUAUCCCUACUCUCUCUCUCUUCGCAAAAUGAAAAAAAAUAUUUGCUUCUGCUUCUCUUCAUUGGUGUAUUUUUGUCACUUUUUCAGAAUAGCCACCCCUUUGUCCAUGGACAUGUUUGCUUGGACGAGAAAAGAAGCAGUGUUGUACAAUGGUAUCAUCAUCUGCUGCAUUGGCUUUGAAUCCAUUUUGGUGUUUUUAGUUGUGAAAGUGGCCUCUCAAAGGUGCGCUCGCAUACAUGCAUGAACUGGAUUUGAAAUAUAUCACAACUUUAAUGCACAUGUUUGAGAAAACUGAUUUUUGUCUUGCAGAGUCGGGGAUCGUCCUGUUUUGCUUGCAGGUUUGGCCAUUAUAUUCUGUGGCUUCUUUAUUCUGCUUCCAUGGGGGAAUCACUACCCAAAAAUCCAGUGGGCAGGUAUGUUUAGUCACUAUUCUGGUAUCAGGCAGUCUACUGGGCCUACAAGAACCCAUCUGCGCUGGAUUCAAGUGUUUAUAUCCUGUUUUUCUUUUCCAUAUCCAGACAUCAAAAACAACUCUUUGGUCAGUCACAUAUCUGCACCCACAUUAUUACCCAACAGCUCCAUAGAGCCAACUGGAUGUCCUAUUGAACAGACCUGGUGUCAGUAUACACCAGCCAUCCACCUGGCCCAGUUCAUCUCAUCUGACGUCCUCAUCGGGAUCGGAUACCCCGCCUGCAACGUCAUGUCAUACACACUGUAUUCCAAGAUCCUAGGACCUAAACCCCAGGUAAGAAGAGCUUUAAUUGACAAAAGCAAAUGUGUAGCUGCAGUGGAAUUGCUUUCCAAGUUCAUAGAACAAGUCCCACUGGUUUCUGCAGGGUGUGUACAUGGGCUGGUUGACAGCCUCAGGCAGCGGGGCUCGGACACUGGGACCAGUCUUUGUCUCCCAAGUCUACACCAUCCUCGGUCCCCGCUGGGCCUUCAGCCUCAUCUGCGGCCUCAUGGUGGGGUCAGUUAUCCUCCUUGCUGCUCUUUAUCACAGACUCAUCGCCUUCUCUGUGCGCCACGGAAGGACUGUGGAAUAGGGAGUGGAGCUUCCCACUGCAGAGACACUGAUUGUUGUUUUCCUGUUUUGUACUCAAGCUAAAUCCAGGCUCCGUUGAAGGCUCUUCAUUCAAGUUACUUUUGAUUGACGGUAACUAAUAAGCUGCAAAAGUUUGAGACUCAGGGUUGAUCUUUGAACUCUAAGGUGGAGAGAUAAGGUCGGGUUUUCACUCAGACUUGACCAAUGAAAGCGGCCUCUUGAGUUUAAAGGGAGCCAGCCGCAGCUGCACUUUGACUCACUUGUUGUGAAAGAACACAGGUACUGCAUUGUUCCAGUGGGUCCAUUUUAUGAAUCCGAUUAUUCUUUUAAAUCAGAAAGUCUCUAAUAUUUGUUACUGAAUGCGCAAGUUUGAUGUAAACGUGAGAAUAUAUUUUAAUCGUAACAUUUUUAAUACACAGACUGUUUUAGCAAAGCCUUAAAUUUGUGAAUUUUCAAACCAUACAGACUAUGCGAAGGAACCACCAUGACCAAAUUAAGGAUACUUGUUAACUAAUGCUGUUAUGUAUUUGUAUUAAGUUUUAUGGACAUGUACUGACUGCUUUCUGAUUCACUGAAUGUGGAAUUCAAUGCGCUCAAAUGUACUGACUGAGUGACUGGUUAUUAUUUCUUUUACUGUAUAAUAAACGUUUUGUACAGAGAAAGGUAACUGGAAAAGAAGCAAACAUAUGAAAAGGUUAUUUUCUGCUAGAAAUGUUAAAAAUUAACGUGUGAAUGUGGAUUCUGAUGAAUUUUUGAGUGAGAUAUUAAAGAAGUGGUGUGAUCUAUUAUA